CUUCUGGGUUUAUUAUCUCCUCUUGUGUUAUUAUAGUUCAAAACACCAUCUAUCCACCCACAAAAUACUUACUCCUCCUCCUCCUCCCCUCUAUCCAACGCUCACUAUGCCCACCACAACCACAACCACCUCCCCAUCCCCAUGGUCCCAAUUCCCCACAGUCCAACACCCAGCACCUUUCAUAACCGCCGAGCAAACCCUCACCACCCUCCAAUCUUCCUCCACCUCGUCCACCAACACAACACCCUCCCCUCCCCUCCCUCUCCUCCUCAUCGACGUACGCCGUAACGACUACCUCGGCGGCGCCAUAAAAGGCAGCCUCAACCUCCCCGCCGAAACCUUCCACGCCAACCGCGCAGAACUAUACGAGCUGUGCAGACGCGCCGGCGUGGCUGAGGUGGUGUUUUAUUGUGUACAGGGCGUGGAUGAAGGGGUUUGAGGAGGAGUAUUGGGUGCAGUUUGCUGGGUGAUUGGUUGGUUGGUUUAGAAUCGGGGUGUAUAUACAUGAUAACGGAACGUGGAUGAUGGUAUGGUCAA